UGCUGACUAAGCAAAUUUCGCUCAAGCGCUAUGAUUCACGCUGUUCGUUGCAACAGUAGUCACACACGCAUGUGUACAUGCAUUCAUCUACAGCGCAGUUUUAACACUUACCCCGUGUCGCGAUCGUCUGUGUUGGAUUAAUAUGAAGGUUUAGCCGGAUAGCGUACCAGUCUCGCGGCUUUUUCGCUGUGUGUACAAUGCACAGGGACAAUAUCCCGUAGAAGCGGGUAAGAUCAUGCGACGGAAAUCUUUGUUCUAUCGCGGAGUAUUGAGUUUUCACAUCGAAAUAUUCAAAUUCACUAUAGCGAAACCGUGCGUGCGGGAUUGUACUUCUGGAGGAAACGUAAACAAGCAUGCUGCACGCACUUGCGUUUGACGUUUAUGAUGGUUGCAAACCGAAUGGUUUAAAACGGUACGUUGAAAAGUUAUGCUUAAUUUGUAGGCUGUAAUAAUAGAAGAAAACCAGAGUAUUAGUAACGAUGCAAGAGUAUGAAUAUUGUUCAAAAAUUACACAUCUUGUUAAAAUGCCUUGCAUACAAAGAACAACACCGCAAAGAGAGAAGAAAAGAACUCAUCUCCAUCAAAGAGCGCUCGCUAGCUGAUGGGAAACGGACGUUUGACGUUUGGCUCAUUUAAAGUAACGUCGAGUGAGCGAGUGUGUGUGUGUAGUGCUGUCUGUCGGUUGGUUUACCAUUGCAACCGUUUUUUGGCGAAAUCGGUCCAGUUCAGUUGAUGGGAAAUUCACAAUGGAGCUAAUUACCGAUUCCGGCAAAGUCUUAAAGGCGUAUCAAAUAAUCAACCAGCAGCUUGUUCACGAAAUCCAAAAGAAAAGGAUAGAAAUCAAGUUGCACGAGGAACGGUACAAUGGAACGAACGAAAUGUUGCUGCGGGAGCGCCAGGAAAACAAAGCUCUGCGCGAUAUGGUCCGGAAACUGAAGGACCAGAUGCAAGUUAUAACGAAGGUGAUUGUAUCGGUACAAGAUCAAACGGAUAAAGUGUACGAACGUAUCAACCGUCCGCAUGAGCUGGAGGAACGAAUGAUGCAGAACUAUACGCCACGGGCCCAGCAAGUGUACGAACAACGCCGAACGAAAAAUCCACCGUAUGUGGACGAAUAUGCGAUUGCUGAGGAAAAUGAGACCAGCCUUGUUAUGGAGAACGAAGCUGAGGAAGAAACAAACGCCCAGGAGAUAAACAAUGACACCCGUGCAAACGAAAGCGGUAGUGUAGAUGCGGAUGAAACCUUCGCCUCAAACCGGUCGAGUGAUGUACGACGUAACAGCGGUGCACCAUCGCUAGCAGUAGGCAGUCCAUUAGUACAGCGACUAAAGCGUCCCUCAAGGAACGCAAGCUUUGAUGAAUCGUUUGAAACGAUCGACCGCGAGCGGGUGUUCAAGCUGUCCCGACACAGUCAGGAACGACGAAAGAUCUAUGCCAACAUAGAUGAAAAUGUAUCCGACCUACAGUCUAUUAGCAGUAGGAGCCGAAUGGAAAUUGAUGAGGAACUUAGCGAAACAUUGCGCAAUCUGUCCCCGGUGAAGAUGGAUGACGUUGGCGAAAAUAUGUCCUGUUCGUCGGUUGAAAAUGAGAAGGACAACGGAGAGAAACGGUCACCACCUAGUCCUGCCCGACCGGACAAAAGGGUGCACCAAUCGCAUCUAAUAAAAAUGGCUAGCGAAUCGAUGCUUUCACGAAUUCAUCGUUCGACAGUGGUUUAUGGAGAUCUCACCGAGGGUAGCAGCAGUGUAAGCCGGGACGAGACUGAAAUGACCGUCUUUAAUCCGGCCGAACUUGUCGCUAGCUGUAGUACACCGGUGGCUAAGGGAUCGAUCGAUGUGCAAUCGGAAAAGGUUAUUGUCGCCGAAAUUCCUCGUCGGGGUCGUGGUCGUCCUCGUAAAUUUCCUACAAAAGCAAGGAGUGAAACCGAGCUGCAUACGCUCGAAAUGAAUCCCGUCGUAGUGUUGAGACCCUUGACGGAGAAAAAUAUACGGGCACACGAGCAGAAAAUGCGACCAAACCGCAACGCUAGACAAAUCCGAUCUGUGAAGGAGAGUAACGUCAGCGACAGCGAGGAAGGAUCGACGUUAGGCGAUGGGAACACGUGGGAACCGAGUUCGUCGAUGGAAAACCUGUCCACAGUGUCCGGUGAAUCGAAUCGUCCGCGACGAAAGGCAGCACCGAAGAUACUCCGCGAACCGUCAUUGAUUUUUAAAUUAAGACGAACCUAAUUAACUGUUCUUAUCUUUAUCAUUAUUAUUAGCCAUCAUCAAUCAUUUUUCUCUCUAUCACUGGUGUAUUAUUUUUUGUCAUGUUUAGGGUUAGUAAUUGUUUUAAAUAUUUUAAUUUUUAAUCAACAAUUUGACACCAUGAUUUAAAAAAGCAAAUGGGUUUUUAACCAUGAACAGAAUUUGUAGUUUUUUUGAGGAGCGCAGUAAAUUACACCAAAACGACGUACAAAAAUUCAACCGAAUAUGCCUGCAGUAGUAAAAGGUUAUGUUAACAAAAAUUUUACUGAUAAACAAAAAGAAAGGAGUGUAUCACACAAUCAGUUUAAAAAAAACUAUUUUAUUUUAUCCGAAAAAAGGAAAAAGAUUCUAUCGAUCACAAGGAAAAAGUACGAUCAUUCCUUCCCUUCCACAUUGUUUUGCCAAAAUGGUCUCAUAGUUUCGAGCUAGCUUUGCUGUGUUUACACGCUAGGUAAGCCUGUGGAUUAGCUGAAUCUAAACAAUAGGAUAGAUAGUUCAACAAAAAUAAAGUUACCAA